GCAGUGGGCUCCUGGGGAGCCACUGGGGAGGGGGUUGGCAGCCACGUUGUCACAGAGGGAACACCUGCAGACAUAAAUAGGCAGACAGCGAAGGCAGCAGAGCACAACCCACAAAGCAGCACCGCACGCUGUGCCCACCUGCGCCAGGAUGCCCGACACCGUGCUGCCUGCCUGCUUCUUCAGCCUGCUGGCCUUCACGUCUGCUUGCUACUUCCAGAACUGCCCGAGGGGUGGCAAGAGGGCCAUGUCUGACCUGGAGCUGAGACAGUGCCUCCCCUGCGGCCCCGGGGGCAAAGGGCGCUGCUUCGGGCCCAGCAUCUGCUGCGGGGACGAGCUGGGCUGCUUCGUGGGCACGGCCGAGGCGCUGCGCUGCCAGGAGGAGAACUACCUGCCGUCGCCCUGCCAGUCGGGCCAGAAGCCUUGCGGGAGCGGGGGCCGCUGCGCCGCCUCCGGCAUCUGCUGCAACGACGAGAGCUGCGUGACGGAGCCCGAGUGCCGGGAGGGCGUGGGUUUCCAACGCCGCGCCCGAGGCAGCGACCGGAGCAACGCGACCCUGCUGGACCCACCGACCGAGGCCUUGCUGCUGCGGCUGGUGCAGCUGGCGGGGGCGCCCGAGCCCGCCGCGCCCGGCGUCUACUGAGCCCCGCUCCGCCCCACCCCGCCCUCGCAGCAGGAAAAAAUAAAUCUUUUAAAAUGCA